CGCGCGUCCGGCCGGGUGCCCCAAUCCGAUGGCUUGACUGGUCCCACAACGCACCGACGGCGCCGACAAGCUCCCGUCACGCCGCCGCCGCCGCUGGCGGCGGCGGCGCUCGUCGCGCUGGCUGCUACGGCGGCAGCAUGGACACCGCGCUCUGCGACGACCUGCUGCAGGUGGUGUUCGGCCUUCUACCGCCCUCCGCUGCACCGGCCGUGUCCCUCGUCUCCCGCCGCUGGCUCGCACUCCUCAGGGCCGCGACGUCGUCCCUCAGCCUCCGCCUGCCUGCCUCCUCGGCGGCGACCCUCGCCGCCCUGCUGUCUCACUACCCCUUCCUCGCCGCCCUGACCGUGGUCUCCGCUGGUACGCCGGUCCACGACGCCGACGCCGUGCUGCUCGCUGUCGCGGCCGCGCCGGCCGCUUCCCGGCUCUCCACGCUGCGGCUCUUGCCCGAUUGGGCGGUCUCCCCCGCCGCGCUGCUCACGGUCUGCCCUGCACUCGCCGGUCUGACGUCGCUCCACCUCACCGCUGUCCGCCCCCUAUCUUUCCGCUGGCUCAAGCUGUUGCCGCGCCUCAAGUCGUUCGCCCUUGUCAACUCCGCCGCCACCGUUGACUCCGCGGGCUCGAGCUCGGAUGACGCCGACGGCGAGGCCGAGGACGUCGCAGGGACAUUGCCGCUGGAGAAGCUGUCACUUUGCGGCAUCCGCUCCGGCGACCGCGGGCUUGGGUGGCUGUGGCGGCGGUGCGGGAGCCUCAAGUGGUUGCAGCUGCGCGCCUGCGACGGUACCGGGGACGGGCCCGCGUCGCUGGCCUUCGCGGGUUGCCUUGCUGGCUUGCUCGCGCUUGAGCUUCGUGCUUGCCGUGCUGUCGCCGACCGUGUACUCCUCCUUGCAGCCGACCAUUGCCGCACGCUAACGUCCCUCCUGGUCUAUGACGGCGGCGGCAGCGAGGCCCUUCACCGGUUCAUCCAGCAGCGUGCUGCUGGUCUGCACACCUUGGACCUUCGCCUCCCGCUUGACCUGCACAACGAUCAUCUCCUCGCCAUUGGAGCUGACUCAGUUCACAAUGCUACACAUGGCCUAGCUUCACUUCGCCUCCAGAGCUGCGUCCUUAUCACAGGGGACGGCCUCCGGUCCCUGGCACGCACAGCCGCCGGAGCCGGCAUAGAAGAGCUCGCCUUGGUGAGUUGCGACGUGGUGGAGCGGGAGCCCGGGUUGCUGACAUUCCUCAGUCAGAGCAUGCCGCGGCUCCGUCGACUUAACCUGUCUUACAAUGAGACACUGAACGACAAGGUGAUCGGCGCCAUGCUUUCAUCCUGCCGGAAUCUCAUCGACAUCAGGCUCAGGGGGUGCCGGGGCCUGACGGGAGGCUCGCUCCUCUCGCUGCUUAGGCACUGUGGGCAGUCACUGGAGAUCCUUGACAUCUCCCGCUGUCCGGGCAUUGCUGUAGGUAACGUUGAGCUCUUUGCCCAGCGCGCCGCUAGGUUGAAUCAUGUGAUCAUCGAGGAGAGCGCGAUGUCGGAGGAAUUGAAGGCAAUCGCUCAGAAAAAAGGCAUGAAGGUUGGCUCAUUGCCGUGCGAAGGAGGACCAUUCUGAAGUAAGGUUAUAUCUCCUUCAGAAUGCAGUUCCAUGUUCUGUGCAACUCGAUUUGUGAAUGUAACCUUCACUGGAAUGUUAAUAAAAUAUUGCUGCUUAGUACUUGUGUAUGCAGCUUUGUAUCUGCCUUGUAAGCUUAUUAUGACUAGCCUCUUGGUGCCUGCUUGACAUGUAAAUUGAGCGCUAAAGGUGUGCUGUUGUAUAUGUUCAACAAUUGCCAUGGAAUAGUACAGAAAAUUCAAACCAA